AUGGCAAAACGAAAGAACGGCGGAACCGCGAACACUCGUGAAGCGAAAACAGCGAAAUUCGAUCAAUCGCCAGUCAAAGCCGACAAGCGCGCUGCGCACUCAUCGGAUACCGAUGAUGACGAAGAGGAGCCUGCUAAUGUUGAAGCUGAAGAAACUCGCCACGAUGAAGGUGAAUUCAACUACGAGCCGGAUCAGUUUAGAGUUCUUGUCGAGUCGUUCACAGAGCACGUGCAUUCCCAUGAGAACGGUGCCUGCUCUGUUCACAACAUGGAGAGAGUUGUUGCCGAUUGGAUAAAGACGCAAGAUGAAUUGAUCGAUGCGAGAUGCUUCAUCACUGACUAUCGCAAAUACUUGAAGCAAGCUGUGAGAUUCCGCAACUAUCAAUUGACCCAUGCAUCUCCUAGUCUUAUUGCUUACCUGGGAAGCGACAAGGCACUUCCGGAGUUCUCCUCGUACCCAGACCGGCUACAAACAAAGGUGCAACUCUACAUUAAAAGGAAUAAUAUCGAGUUCAAGGGUAGCAUCGGAGGAAAGUUCAUGAAGGACUUACACUCUCGCAUGCAAAACGAUAAGGAAGGUACCCGAGAAUGCGAGGAGGAACUUCAAGAACUCAAAACUCAGCUCAUGCCGAAUCUCCAAGAAUUCCUCGAUUCGCACCCAAACUUGACGGAUGAGCAGAAGAAACACAUCAGCGCCAAGAUUGCGGCACUUGAAAGACAGUGCAAUCCGAAAACACCUACACCAAAAACCCCAAAAAAGAAGGGAAAGGAGGUAGUUACUGCCUACAGUCUAUUCUGCAAAUCGAAAAACGAUAAGUACCGUGAUUUGUCGGAAGUUGAGCGCGAGAAGAAGCUCGCCAAGAAGUUCGCGAAGCUGCCAGACGAAACACGCGAUAUGUUAGAAGGACUGGCACUGGGCAUGAAUUAG